AAAUACCCACCUUAUGUUUCAUCAGGCAUCCCUUUCCUUGGACACACAAUUGCAUUUGGAAAAAAUCCCACGGAAUUUUUGGAAAGUGCUUACAAGAAGUAUGGACCCGUGUUCAGUUUCACUCUACUUGGCAAGCCAAUAACAUACUUAGUGGGUAGUGAUGCUGCUGCUCUGCUCUUCAAUAGUAAAAAUGAUGAUUUGAACGCAGAGGAUGUAUACUCUCGGAUGACUGUACCGGUUUUUGGCAAGGGAGUCGUAUAUGAUGUCCCUAAUACGGUAUUUUCGGAACAAAAGAGGAUGAUGAGAACUGGGCUAAGUAUUGCUCAAUUGAAACGGCAUGUGACUGUGAUUGAAGAAGAAACAAAGGAGUAUUUCAAAGCAUGGGGAGAGAGUGGAGAAAAAAACCUACUUGAAGCUCUUUCAGAACUUAUCAUUUUGACAACAAGUCAUUGCUUACAUGGGAAGGAAAUAAGGAGCUUACUGAAUGAGAAGAUGACUCAGCUGUAUGCUGAUUUGUAUGGCGGUUUUAGUAAUGCUGCCUGGCUUCUUCCAGGUUGGCUGCCUCUGCCGAGCUUCAGACGUCGAGAUCGAGCACACAAAGAAAUAAAGAAUAUUUUACACAAGGUUAUCCAGGAACGGCGGAAGUCUAAGGAAAAGGAGGACGACAUGCUCCAAGCCCUACUUGAUGCUUCAUACAAGGAUGGCCGUCAGCUGACAGAUGAUGAAAUCGCAGGAUUGCUUAUUGUGAUGCUGGUGGCGGGGCAUCACACAUCUGCCGCCACAAGUGCCUGGUUUGGCUUCUUCAUGGCCGGGAACAAGUCGGUACAGGAACAGUGCUAUGCAGAACAAAAAGCAGUUUGUGGGGAUGACUUGCCACCGUUAACUUACGAGCAGCUUGAGCAUUUCAGUUUGCUGGAUCGUUGUCUGAAAGAAACUUUUAGGCUUAGACCCCCUGUAAUGGCGAUUCUGAGAUUGUCCAGAACUCCCCAAACUGUUGCUGGAUAUGAUAUCCCACCUGGACAUCAGGUUUGUGUGUCCCCCAGCAUUAACCACAGGCUCAGGGGCACCUGGAAAGACGCUCUAGACUUCAAGCCUGACCGGUACCUCCAAGAUAACCCAGCAACUGGAGAGAAAUUUGCAUACAUCCCAUUUGGUGCUGGCCGUCAUCGCUGUGUUGGAGAAAACUUUGCUUACGUUCAUAUUAAGACUAUUUGGUCUACUUUGCUUCGUUUGUAUGAAUUUGAUCUCAUCGAUGACUAUUUUCCGACUAUAAAUUAUGCGGUGAUGAUACCCUCACCUCAGAACCCCAUUAUCAGAUAUAAGAGGAGGUCACCCUAA